CUCUUCCCCCACAAAAAAGCAGUCACGUUCGUUGUGUACAUGGCAAGAACGAGCUUUCCUGCAACCCACCCCAACGAAAUCUUCAUCUCAGCAAUGGCACAAGCCGGUCGUCCCUCGAUUUUGAAUGCAACUGAUGAUGAUAUCAAGCAGCUUCUUGCUGCUUCCUGCCACAUCGGUUCCAAGAACUUGGAUGUUCGCAUGGAAAACUACGUGUGGAAGCGUCGCUCCGACGGUGUCCACAUCAUCAACAUUGGCAAGACCUGGGAGAAGAUCGUUUUGGCCGCUCGUGUGAUUGCUACGAUCGAGAACCCUGCCGAUGUUUGCGUCGUCUCUUCUCGUCCCUACGGUCACCGUGCUGUGUUGAAGUUUGCCGCCCACACCGGUGCUACUGCCAUUGCUGGCCGUUUCACUCCCGGUAACUUCACCAACUACAUCACCCGGACCUACCGUGAGCCUCGUCUCAUCAUCGCCACGGACCCCCGUGCUGAUGCUCAAGCCAUCAAGGAGGCUUCCUACGUCAACAUCCCCGUGAUCUCUCUCUGUGACACUGACUCUCCUUUGGCUCACGUUGAUGUUGCCAUCCCCACCAACAACAAGGGUUACAAGUCCAUUGGUCUUGUCUGGUGGCUCUUGGCCCGUGAGGUCUUGCGUCUCCGUGGCACCAUCUCUCGCACAUCCCCCUGGGACGUUAUGGUCGACAUGUACUUCUACCGUGAUCCCGAGGAGAUUGAGCGUGAGGAGGAGGCUAAGGCUGCUGCCGAAGCUGAAGCUGAGGCCGCUGCCACUGCCGAGGCUGCUGCUGAGUUCGAGGUGACUGACAGCGCUGCCGGCACCGUUGACCCCAGCGUUCUUGCUGCUGCCACUGCUGGUCAAGUUGGUGAGUCCUCCUGGGAGGAGGCCGGUGACUGGAACACCACUGGUGCUGCCCAAACUUCCGACUGGGCUGCCACCGCUGAGGCUCAAUAAAUAACAAAUCCUGAGUCGUAUGUUUGGGAGUAACAAGUUAAAAUAAGAGGCGUGUAAACUGUGCGAGGAAAGAGA